AUGUUUGGCGCUUCCUUCGUCAUCAUUCUGGUAACUUGUUUUACUAGAAUUUAUGCUGGAGAAUGUGGGAGUCGCAAUUCAGUCAAAGGCAAGAAUGAUUUUGUCAUAGGGGCGCCUGAAGCUUUGGUGAACCACACACAAGAGUUCAAGAAACAAAUUCUAACCGUUCUUCCGGGAAUUCAUUGUGCGAUCGGAUAUGGUUUAGCGAAUAGUAUAUUAAUUGAAGGACAUGAUGGAAAUAUUAUAAUUGAUACACUGGAAUCUCGUGAAGGUGCAAUAGAACUUCAUAAAGAUUUUCAAGCCAUUUCAUCAAAACCAGUUAUUGGAAUUAUUUAUACUUAUAAUCAUGCUGAUCAUGUAUUUGGAGCUGGAGUAUUAGCUGGUGAUAAUUUAAAAAAUGUUAAAAGAGCAGCAAGACAGUUUGGAACCUAUUUAACGACAGCUAACGGUCAUAUUAAUGAUGGAAUUGGUUUAUAUUUAAAUCAUAAUGAAAAUAAUACACGAGCGCUUUUAUAUCCAACUGAUACAUUUAAUACAGACAGUUGGAAUUUGACCAUAGCUGAACGAGAUUUUGUUUUAUAUCAUGCACCGGGUGAAACAGAUGAUCAAAUAAUUAUCCAUAUGCCAAAAGAAAAAGUAUUAUUUGCUGCUGAUAAUAUUUAUAAAUCAUUUCCAAAUAUUUAUGCCAUUAGAGGAACAACUACAAGAGAUGCUAUUCAAUGGGCUUCUUCUCUUGAUUUAAUGCGAAAUUUAAGACCGGAAUAUUUAAUUCCAUCUCAUACAAAACCUAUAUCUGGAGAAAAUUACAUAAAUGAAGUUAUUACCAGUUAUCGAGAUGGAAUUCAGUUUGUCCAUGAUCAAACUGUUAGAUUUAUGAAUAAAGGACUAACACCGGAUGAAAUUAUUGGAAACAAAUUAAUUCAAUUACCAAAAUAUUUACAAGAUCAUCCAUAUUUACAGCAGUUCUAUGGCACUGUAGACUGGAGUAUUCGUGCAAUUUUCGAUCGGUACUUGGGUUGGUUCAGCGGUAAAACAUCUGAUUUAAAUCCUGAUGCUCCAAUCAUUCGUGCUCAAAAUCUUAUUAGACUCGGUGGAGGAAGUAAAAAAGUGUUUGAAGCUGCAGAAGCUGCGUAUUUAGAUCAAAAGUAUCAAUGGUGUUUAGAAUUAGUAGAAGCACUAUAUCUUUAUCCGGAAGAUUUAAAUAUGUUAGAAAUUAUUCAACUACAGGUUUUAUCAUUACAAAACUUAGCUUCACUUCAAACAUCAGCAAAUGGUCGCAACUGGUAUUUAACGAAAGCAUUAGAAAUUCAAGGUUUGAUUGAUGUUAGACCGGCACCUAAACAAAGCGCUCAGUCAAUUUUAGGAUCUCCAUUGAAUAAUUCAUUUAUGUUAUUACCUGUGAAUCUUGAUUAUAAAAAAGCGAAUGAAGUAAAUCAAUUGGUUUUGUUUCAUUUUAAUGAUACGAAUGAAAAAUUUAGUAUUCAUGUAAGAAACGCAAUAGCUGAUGUACAAUAUAAAUGGCCACAAAAUUUUCAAUCAAAUAAUGCAGAUGAUAUGAUUGUCGAAGUGAAUAAAGGAGAAACUUGGAAGCAAGUGUUGACUCGCAUAAAAAGUCUAAACUUGGCUUAUUCAACGGGAGAAAUAAUAAUUAGAAAUGGAAAUGGACAAAUCAGUUUAACAGGUGAAGUUCAGUUGACAAAGUUCUUAGAUAUGUUCAGUUAA